AAUAAGGAUUUAUUGCAUGAUGCAGAAUCUGAAAUUGCUGCUCUAAAAGAGAAGGUGGGGUUGCUGGAGAUUACAAUUGGAAGACAAAGAGGGGAUCUUGAGGAGUCAGAACGCUGUCUUGACAUGGCCAAGGAAGAAACUUCUGAGAUGGCCAAAAAGGUCGAGUCUCUAAAUUCGGAGCUUGAAACUGUGAAGGAGGAGAAAGCCCAGGCUUUGAACAACGAGAAGCUUGCAGCUUCUAGUGCUCAGACCCUAUUAGAGGAGAAAAAUAAACUUACUAAUGAAUUGGGAAAUUCCAGGGAUGAAGAAGAGAAGAGCAAGAAGGCGAUGGAAAGCUUAGCUUCAGCCUUGCACGAGGUCUCUGCAGAAGCAAGAGAAGCGAAAGAAAGACUUUUAUCCAGUCAAGGUGAGCAUGAAAAUUAUGAGACCCAGAUAGCAGAUCUGAAGUUGGCCUUGAAAGCAACGAGUGAGAAGUAUGAAAGCGUGGUUGAUGAUUCAAAACAUGAGAUUCAUGUCCUUACAGAAACAAUUCAACAAUCCAAGAACGAAUUGCAAAACACCAAGGCUGAGUGGGAGCAAAAAGAACUUCAUUUGGUGGAUUGUGUAAAGCAGUCAGAAGAAGAGAACUCUUCUCUGGGAAAAGAAAUAAAUAGGCUGGUGAAUUUGCUCAAGCAAAAGGAGGAAGAAGCUUGUGCCAGCAAGGAAGAAGAAGCCCAGCUGAUGGAAACCUUACAAAAAGUUGAGGCUGAGGUAAUUGACUUGCAGGAAGCUCUUGGCAAAGCAAAGACUGAAAACAUCAAAUUGAAAGAAAAUCUUCUGGACAAAGAAAAUGAGUUCCAGAGUAUAAUUCAAGAAAACGAGGAACUUCGAACUAGGGAAGCUGCUUCCCUCAAGAGAGUUGAGGAGUUAUCUAAGUUGCUCGAAGAAACUGUGGCCAAAAGGAAAUAUGAAGAAAAUGGUGAACUUACAGACAGUGAAAAGGAAUACGAUUUGCUUCCAAAGGUGGUUGAAUUCUCUGAAGAGAAUGGACAUGCAAGAGAAGAGAAGCCUAAAACGGAGUCUCCACUCGAUCAAUGCGAGGAACCUAGAGAAGAGAACUUAGAUGAAAAGAAUAACUUCUUGAAGGAUGAGGCUGAAAAGAUGGAUUCUGCCCAAAUUGAGAACGUGAAUGGAAAACUGAAGGAGGAAAAAGAAGACGACUCGGUAGAAGUUGAAUUUAAAAUGUGGGAGAGCUGCAAAAUUGAAAAGAAAGAGUUUUCACCAGAGAGAGAAGUGGGGCAGGAAUCCUUUGAAGAGGAAGUGAACUCAAAGGUGGAGGGAGGCGAACUCUUUGAUCAGAUAAAUGGGGUAUCUUCUACAGAAAACAUUGAUGAUGGUGGAACCUCACCAUCAAAGCAGCAGCAACAACAGAAGAAGAAGAAGAAGCCUUUGCUUGGAAAGUUUGGAAGCUUGCUCAAGAAGAAGGGAACCAGCAGCAGCCAGAAGUAGAGUAAUAAAUCAGUUUGGCCUAACUUUUGUGCUUUACUAGCAGGCAGGUAUAUUUUGCUACUAUUUUGUUACCAAAUGUGUUUGAUUCAUUGUUUUUGCUUCCAAAGAACAGAAUAGGUCAAGGAAAGAAGAGGCAUGUAUUAUUUUUAGUUUUUUCCUUUUUUUUAUUCUAAUGUAAUUCCCCCCAUGUGGGACAGUAUCUUGUAUGUGAUGGAAAUUCUAUUUGAUUUUCCAUUUUGUGUUAA